CGCAUUCGUUUGCGCCAGGUCCGUAUACGGCGUAUACCGUGCAAAAGUCACAUUCUAAUCUCCUCUUAAUUUGAAACUGGAUUUGAUUACGACUAGUUACAGCCCUAACCUCCCAUUUGUCAUAUUUGGUCACCGGUGUCACCGUCACCCCGUGUCCCCAACUCCCAACUCUCAACUUCUAAGCUUGUCUAAGCUCCUUCGUGUGUUUUGUGAGAGCACAUGUUCUUCGCACAUGUUACAUGUUUACUUCGUAUUUUAUAUAUCAGUGCGGUUUUUUUAGCGUUUAAGUGUGAAAUAUAAAGCACGUUAUAAUGGUAGUGAUAGGUAAAAAGAAGUAUCAGAGCGGUGAGGGAGCGCAGUUUAUGACGAGAAGAGCCGCCCUCAGGAAAUUACAAUUGACCCUAAACGAUUUCCGCAAGUUAUGCAUAUUGAAAGGCAUAUACCCAAGGGAACCGCGCAACCGUAAAAGGGCACAGAAAGGUGUGCCCGGCAUUCAAACACUAUACCACAAGAAAGACAUUCAGUUUUUGAUGCACGAACCGAUCAUAUGGAAAUUGAGAGAAUACAAGAUUUUUAACAGAAAACUUGGACGAGCGAAGGCAAUGAAAGAUUUUGCCAAGGUGAAGAGAUAUCUGAGUAAUCAUCCUACAUUAAAGAUAGAUCAUAUAGUCAAGGAGCGUUAUCCAACAUUUAUAGAUGCACUGCGCGAUCUUGACGACUGUCUGACUCUUUGCUUCUUAUUCAGCACAUUUCCAUCAUUGCCUCAUAUACCGAGAGAUCAGUCGUUAUUGUGUAGGAGAUUAACGAUGGAGUUUCUCCAUGCUGUCAUUGUUGCCAAAGCGCUACGCAAAGUAUUUGUGUCUAUUAAAGGCUACUAUUAUCAGGCGGAGCUAAAAGGGCAAACGAUAACAUGGAUAGUACCACAUCACUUCAGCUUUGAGCCUCAGACAAAGAAUGACGUUGACUUUAAGCUCAUGUCUACUUUUGUAGAAUUUUAUAUUGUGAUGCUCGGCUUUGUGAAUUAUAGACUGUAUCAUACUCUAAAUUUGCAUUAUCCUCCGAAAUUGCCAAAUUCCACAAAUACUGAAAAAACACUAGUUGAUGAAGAAGCAUACGUCUCAGAGAGAAUAAGUGCAUUAAAUGUCUUGUUAGUCAAUCUAGAUCCUUCAGUACCAGCGAUUGAAGAUGACAAUAUUGAAAUAGAUCAAUUUUCAAAUGAGACAGACGCUACCAAGAUAGAAGCUGCUAAGGCAGAGGCAGAAAAAAUACAAAAAUUGAAAAACUUAUUUAAAGGUAUAAAAGUUUUUAUUAAUAGGGAAGUUCCCAGAGAGCCGCUAGUUUUUAUUUUACGUUGCUUUGGUGGAGAAGUAUCUUGGGAUAAGUUGCUGUUUGUGGGAGCCACUUUUGAAGAGAAUGACGAAACAAUAACUCAUCAGAUCGUGGAUAGACCAACCAUGAACAAACAAUAUAUAUCAAGAUAUUAUGUGCAACCACAGUGGGUUUUCGACAGCGUGAACGCAAGAGAGUUAUUGCCUGUAGAAAAAUAUUUAAUGGGUGCUGUUCUUCCUCCUCAUCUUUCUCCAUUUUCCGAGGGUCGACAAGAUCAAACGUACAUUCCCCCAGAACAGCGUGUUCUUAUGGAUCCUGAUUUUAAACUGAAAGAUUUGGAAGCAGAUGAUUCAGAUGAAGAGGAAGAAGGUGCUGAGAACGAGAAUGAAGAAGAGGAGAAGAUUGAAGUUGAGAACGAUUCGAGUUCAGAUGAGAAAAUGGAAGAAGAGAAAGAAGAGGAUGACGAGGUACAGACUACUGAAGAAAAAGAGAAAGAGGAAAUGAAGAAACAAACUCAAUUACAAAAGAAGAAAAAGAUGAAAGUACAGACUGGUGAGAUCACGAAAGAAAAUCCUUGGGAGAAAGCCCGAUUGGAAAAGCAGGAAUAUCGUCUUAGAGAAAAGAUGAUCAAGAAGAAACAUCGUAAACUAUACAAGAGUAUGAUGAAAGGCCGAGAAGAAAGAGCUAAAGAAAUCUGGCUCUUGCGAAAGAAGAGGCGUAUCCAUGAUACCAAGGAGAAAGAGAAGCGAAAAGAGCAAAAGAAAGCAAAUAGGAGUAAAUCGAUUAAAUAAAACAACGAUGGAGCACUUGAAUGCAAAAGUAUAUUCUUUGUGUAUCCCAUUUUCAUUUGAUAAUAAUAAGAAAUGUUAUAAUAUAUAUGUCUAUUCUACAACAUGUUAAUAUGUUACGAUUAUUCCACGUAGUAACUGCAAAUGCUUUGCAUUAAAUUUUCUCACUCAAGUGCGUAUUUUAUGUAUGUUCUUUUUCAUAUAAAUAAGCUAUAAUGUAUUCUGUAA